AUGCCUCGCGCGACAAAAUCAGCCGGCUUGAACGCCAAAGCGAAGAGAAAGGAGAGAAGAGAGGAGAAAUUUAAUAACAAAGGAGGAGGAGGAGGAGGGGGAGAAGGUGGAGCCGCCACCACGGGAAAAACUUUCGAGGACGAGGAAGGAGGAAACAAGCAAAAGAAGAAGCAUAAAGGGAAUCAACACGAAGACAAGGAUAACAAUAAAAAGUCGAAGAAUACCUCAUCAUCUUUCAAGAGUUCGAACGCAAGUAAUGGUAAUGGGGAUAAAAAAGCGUGGAAGAGCGGCGGAAUUGGUGGUGGAAGCGGCGGCUUCAAGAAGACAGCCUCCUCUCAACAACAACAACAAACACAAUCGCAAUCGCAAUCGCAAAAGCAAGGCUUUGCAAAGCCAAACUUUCAGCUCAUCGAAGAGUUAGUGUUGAUUUUUGAAAAGCUCAGGCAAACGAAAGAUUCUUCCAAAACCAAAAACGGCGGCGGCAACCGCGGGAAAGGUAAACGCGCAGGCGACGACGACGACGACGACGACGACAGCGAUAACGACAACAACAGUCGCGACGCGGGUAAGAAGAAGGAAUACGCAACACUCAUUUACUCGAAAACUAAAGGUAAGAUUCCUGAAAUUGCAAACAAUCACAAAGGCUCGAGAAUAGUCCAAAGUCUGUUGAAAUACGGCACGGAAGAGCAAAUAAACUCGGUAUUUGCCGAAUGCGCGCCGAAACUAGCCAUAUUAGCGAAAUCUUUGUACGGGAACUUCCUCAUUCGGAAGCUCAUCGAAAAGACUAAGAAAGAAGAUUAUCCGCAACUGUUACAAAACGUCAAAGGUCAAGUAACUUCGCUAGCGCGACACCCAAUUGGAAGUCAAAUAUUAGAGCAUCUGUAUCACUCCGCGAAGGGCGAACAACGCGCGCAAAUGCAGGCUGAAUUCUACGGUGGCGAAUUUGUACACUUUUCAAACGCGAGUGCGAUGACGAAAAAAGACGGUAAAAACGCCAACAAAGAACCGCCGACUUUGAAGGACAUUCUGUUGCAAAAACCAGCCAUGCAGAGACAAAAUACGUUGAAAAACAUAUCGAGAUCAAUCCUUCCGAUUCUGGAGAAAGGUUUAGUAUCGCCGCUCAUCGUCCAUAAAGUUUUAAAAGAAUAUCUCCUGGUCGGUGGUGCAAGUUUACGCGCCGAGGCGGCAAAUUCUAUCGCCGCACCCGCGUUUCUUCGAUUGUUCCACACCAGGGAAGGUGCCACGGCAACGAACGUGAUGCUUUCGUACGCCGGCGCGAAACAACGAAAGCAAGUCUUGAAAGCUUUGAAAACGCAAGUGUGGAGAGUAUCCCAAGACGAGUGCGCACAUUCGACUAUAAUGACAUUAAUUGACUGCGUGGAUGAUACGAAUAUGCUCAAUAAAAUCAUCUUACAGGAGCUCAAAAGCGAAGAUAUCGCGGGAAUCGUCUGCGAACACAAAUUCGGGAAACGCGUGAUACUGCAUUUACUUCGUCCGCGUUUGAAUAAAUACUCGCCACCAAACUUACAGAUGAUGAUGCUCAGUCCGGAGGAGAUACAUCAAUCUGUUGAAGCGGCGAAGGCGUUGGUGAAAACGCUGCAAAAGCAGCAGAAAAAAAUUAACCGACACGAUAACGACGGUGACGACGGCGAGGAAGAAAUCGAGGACGACGAGAUCUUGAAAGAUAGCAGCAACAAGAAAUCGGAAGGAAACAAAAGAAAACUGAACAGUGAUGGUGGUAGUGAUUCUGAGGAAGACGAGGAAGAAGCCGAAGGAGCGGAUGUUAACUUUGGCGUUGCCAAGAAGAGCGAGCAACAGAGACGAUUGGAAGUUUUUAAGCAAUAUGGAUUCGCCGAGGCGUUGGUGAAAUCGUGCCAAGACAACAUCGACCGAAUGCUCCGGUCGAAAGAAUCCGGAGAUGUUCUGUACGAAGUCAUCAUCGGGGGAUUGGACGAUGUCGUGUAUGAGUCUUGUGGCGAAGGAAAAAUGAACGCGUUCUACGAGCGCAUCGCGGAGGUUGUCACCGAGUCCGUCAAAAGCGCAAAAGCCGACGAGGAGGAUAACUUAUUGGAAAACUUCUUUUCGACGAGACUUUUGCGCCGCGCGGCGCAAGAUUGUCCUCGUUUCGCCAAAGUGUUGUUUGACUCUUCUAUAUGUGCAUCUUCAUCCUUACAAAAGAAGUGGCUUUCUGUGCCGCACGCGGAGAAAAUCAUCGCAGGCGUGUUAUCGUGUCCGGACGAGAAGUUCGUUACGGAGGCUAAAGCGAAGAUGGGGGCGGAUGCCGAUGCAAUACUCGCUAAAGUGAUCGCUAUAAAAGAGAAGCAUCGUGAUAAUGCUGCAAAAGGGAAAGCAUAA